UCCAGUUAUUACAUCUUUCUUAAAAUGUGCUAUCCAAAACUGGACGUGGGUGACACAUGGCAAUUGCCAAAUUAGGACAAAAAAUGUUUUGUGCUGUGCAGAUGUUUCUCCUGUUCAUGCAUCCUGUAGCUGCCUUGGCUCUCCUCUGCAGCACCAUUUUGCUGGUGACUUAAGUGAUGCACUCCAGCUGACACAACUUUUUCUAGUGCUGCCUCUUGACGUUUUUGUUGUUUUUUGCAUGUGAGCUUGAGGUUUUCGGGUAUACUGAGGUAAUUCUAAACGUUUAGUCUUUCCAAAGUGCUUGCAGUACAAUCCUUAUAAAUGCCCAAGGGAGGGAGGGAGGGAACAAAUAGGGUGGCAUUUUUUCUCUUGAGAGAAAGCACCAUCAGGCUAUUGAAUGUAACUACUAAUUGAAUUUUUUAUGUGAAAGAACUGGUUUGAAGGUGGGUUCUUUUUGCUUUCAGUAAAGGCAACGUUGCUUUUUGCAAUGUCUGUUUUCCUGUAAGGCAUUUAAAGAAACUACUUUAGGGUCUGAGAGGGAUGCCAUUCCUUGCCAUUUCAAUCCCAAGGACAUCUCUUACCCUCAUGGCAAACUUAGAGCAGCUGAACUUUCAAUAUUCAAGAGGCAGCAUGCUCUCUAACCAUUCCUCUUUCUUCCCCAGUGACCUUGAGCCAGAAUGGUUGGAUGGUGUGCAGAAAAAUGGGGAAUUAUUUUAUUUAGAAGUGAGUGAAAGUGAAGAAGAAACUUUGCUUCAGAACAGCUGCCCAGAAGUACCAGCAGUGAAUCAUGUCAGGUUUCAUGAAAAUGAAGCUGAAGUUAUUCAAGAGGGAUCACGAAAAGCAAGAAAGUAUGAACUGAAGAAACUGACCAAAAUAUUAAAAAAGAAGAAUCUUUUACCAAAGCAUUCUGGUAAGAAAGGCAGUGGAAGCUGUGGUCCUACUUCCAUAUUAAAACACCAAUCUGCUCAGAAAAUGGGUGUGACUGUGCAGCAGAAAUACAAAGAUGUGUAUGUUCAUGUAAAUCCCAGAAAAGUGUGCAGUGCUGGAGAGAAGCAGUACAGGCUGCUGGAGGCCUUAGUAGGGAUUGUCCAUCAGUCUUCAUGGAGCAGCAGGAGAGCUGAAAAACAAGGCAGAAAGGAUAAAGUCUCCAGAGGAGUCAGUGAAGAGAAGCUUGUAGUGCAUGGUUUGGUGCCAUGCAGUUCAGCAGUGAAAACAGGGCAAAUCUUGAUUGGAGAUGCUCUAGUUGCUGUAAAUGAUGUUGAUGUGAAUUCUGAAAACAUAGAGAGGGUUUUGUCUUGCAUUCCAGGUCCUAUGCAGGUUAAACUUACAUUUGAAACAUCAGUAAUUGAGCCUGAAGGAACUUCUCAGCAAAGAUGUAAACAGGCACAGUCAAGUAUGAACCAUCUAGUUCAGCUCUUGUGGGGAGAAGACAGUACAGACUUUCAGCAGGCUAUGCAAGAGGUGCCACAUGUGGUUAUGUUCCUCUCCAUGAAGCUGGACUCUGAAACAUCUAAGGAUGAGCAAGAAAUUCUUUAUCAGUACCCCAUAUCAGAAGCAUCCCAAAAACUGAGAAGUGUCAGAGGAAUAUUUCUCACACUAUCUGACAUACUGGAAAGUGUUACUGGUACCCAGAUUAUCAGUUCCUCCCUUUUCUUAUGUGAAAAACUGGUUCAAGUUGUUUACUGGAAAGAAAAUGACAAGUUGCUUGUAAUUGGCCUUCCUGAAGAAAAUGUGCCACUUUCUCAGCUGAAGAACAUGAUUGAAGAUGUUGUCAGGACCUUGACAUUUAUGUACAGCUCUUUGGAGAGUGCCUUUUGCCAGGUGGAAAAUGUUUCUCGCCUGGAUCACUUUUUCAACCUGUUCUUCCAGCGUGCCCUCCAGCCCUCCAGACUGAAGCCCAGCUCCAGCCCAGGUGUUCAGCACCAUCACACCUGCAGUGCAAUAUUUUUAGACAAUCUCCCAGGCUUGCGCUGGCUGACGCUGCCCCAGGAGAUCAAGAUGGAAAUAGACACAGCACUGAGUGAUCUGGAAGCAGCUGAUUUUGCAGAGCUGUCUGAAGAUUAUUAUGACAUGAGAAGAUUAUAUAUGAUUAUGGGCUCUUGUCUCUUCUACAAGGGCUACUUGAUUGGCAGCCACUUGGCAAAGGAGGAUCUGCUGGAUGUGGGUUUAUACUGCAGACACCACUGCCUCUUGCCUCUGGCAGCAGAGCAGAAGGUGGGGCAGCUGGUGAUCUGGCGUGAGGUGUUCCCACAGCAUCAUAUCCAGACAGGUCAAGGCUCAAGUUUCACAGGAUACAGGGAACCUGAAGCAAGAUACUUUUUACUCAUAGUUGGCUUGAAACACUUCAUGCUGUGUGUCCUGCUGGAGGCAGGAGGCUGUGCAUCAAAAGCUGUUGGGAAUCCAGGACCAGACUGUAUCUAUGUAGAUCAGGUCAAAGCUACCAUCCUACAACUGGAAGGAAUAGAUGCCAGCAUAGAGGAAAGGCUGGAUUCUCCUUCCAUUCCACCUCUCUCUUGUGCUGACUGGUUCCUUCCUGCAACACGUGACAAACUGGAGGGCUUGACCACCUCACCCACCCCAAAUAAGCUACAAAAUGCUUCCAAACCAGUAACCACCCCAGCAAGCAGAAGGACCCUGUUUGGUGACUCCUUACUGACACGGAAGCCAAGCCCCACGAGAAGCAGUGGAGGAGCUGAGCAGGGGAAUGAAGGUCCUGCAGAAGAGGAAAGCAGUAAUCCACAGGCUGUAGCGGAUCAGGCCACUAAAAAAAAACAUACCCUACCAAAUCCAUUUCAUUUAGGAAACCUCAAAAAGAACCUUUCAGAGAAAGAUACAGAACUGCUGAAUGCUCUCAAGUUGACAUCUGGUCCUGAGAACACCCUCUUCCACUACCUAUCUUUGGAAACAAUGCAAGGAAUUUUUAUUACUCCAACUCACAAAGAAGUAGCACGGCUCGGUGGCUCCAUCCACCCUCAGUUAAUUGAGAAUUUCUAUCGUUGCUGUCUUUCAAUUCGUUCAGUUUUUCAGCAGUCCAUGAGGAAACAAGAAAAGAAAAAAGCAGGCAGUGGGAUUUCAGAAUUCAGUGAUGCAGCUGAAGACUUAGAUCUGGUAACAGAACAUGGAGUUUUAUUUGAGUACUCUCCUGAUCACUGGACUGAUCAGAAGAAAUCUCCACCAACAAUGAGUUACUGGGUUGUGGGGAGACUCAUUCUACAUCCAAAACCUCAGGAGUGUUAUGUGUGUUUUCAUGACUCAGUCACAGAAGCUGCUGUUGAACUGGCCUUUAAACUCUCCUUCGGCUUAGUGACAUAGAUGAUUUUCCUGAGCACUCAGCAAUCCUGCCUGGUGUUCUCAUCUCUUCCGAGUACUUCAGUAUAAACAGAAAUUAACUCAGCUGUGGUGCCCUCCCAUGGCCUAUCUUUGAAAUGCGUUAAAAAAAAAAAUCUACCGUGCUAUGACACAGGUAAAACUUCAGUGAUUAUUUUAAUGUUCUCAUCAAUUGAAUACUUAAAUCCAGAGAACCCAAGGCCUUACUUUCAUAUACUGUCAGGUUAUUUAUGCUGUCCCUAGCUUUAUUAGAAGAAAACAUCACAUAAUUUCUACCUUCACUCUAUGCAGUGCCUAACAUGUAAUAUAAAACUCUAGGCUGAUAUCCUUGAGGUGCUCUCUGAGUAUCUGGCAAUUGGUAACAGAGGGUAAAAACAUUUUUUCCAAUUAUUUCAAAUUUUGCAUCCCUAAGGGCAGGAAAAAUGCUAAGUGUGAAACAUUGUGUGAAUCAAAACAAGAAAUCCCAUAGCCACACACAACUAAGGGCUUAUCAUUUUUGCCAGUGUGGUCUCUGGCACACUCAAGGACUAUAGUGUGGUUGGUGUUUUAUUUGACUUCAUGAGUUUUAACUAUAAAUAAUACUUUUAUUUGUUUAAAAAACAAUU